UCCCUUUUUGAUUACUUUUAUGAAUGUAAACGAAAACAUUGACAUCAACAUUUGUGUAUUGAUUGUGUCGUAAAGUAAUCCAAUCCAUAAUAGAAUUAAAUUUCUACUUAUUCAACUUAUAAAAGUGAACUAAACGACUGCUUUGCUAUGGCUCAUAUACAAUAUACGGAUGGCCUGGUCCGCGAAUAUGUACUGUUUCGAGGAUUUUCCAAUACACUGAAAUCGUUUGAUGCUGAGUUGAAAAGCGAUAAGGAUAAAAGUUUUCGUGUGGACAAAAUUAUCGACCAGUUAAUGCAGAUGAUUCAAACGCAAGAUCUGCAAGGACUUCGGGAUCUAUGGGCACACCUCAACAGUCAUCUGUUUCGCAACUUGGAACACAGUUUUACCACAGCUGUAGUGAAGUUGGAGCAGUCGAUCCUUAAGCUUUAUUUGAUUACUGCCUACAUGGCUAAUAAACCGGACAAGGUGAAUGAGUUUUUCACCAAACUCGCCCCAGAACUAGUUUCACAAAGUGAAUGGAAGGAAUGGUUUUUUUUUCCGUUCUGCAAGAACCCAGAAGAGCAUUCUGCAUUUUCAGUGUGUUUCACCAGGCAGUGGCAGGAUACUUUACUAGUUUCGCUUCACAACUUCCUAUCUACCAUCUACCAGUGCAUGCCGCAGCCAACACUGUCUAAGGCGGAAGGCGAGAGCAGUUUGCUUCGAAAAUUGCAAGAAGAGAACAGUCAACUGCGUGCUAAAUUGCAAAGCAUCCAGCAACAAGCUGCCACAGCUUCGUCCGGUUCAGUUCAUCAAUCACGGUUAUCGUCUUUCAGCGAUCAAAAAUACAGCCUUGAUGGCAAAACGCGCUAUUCAACACGAACGAGCGGUUCCGUCCAAUCCCUGAACGACAUAAUUCCAUUUGACAUACCACCACCAGCACAUAUUGUAGAUGAUUUCUACAUAAUAGCGCAGGAAUCAAAUAACAUAGGCAACGCGGCUGAAUCGCAAGCUCGUGGACUUAAAUCUCUUAUUAAGAAUAUUAGCUCCGGUGGUAGCCCCGUACUGGGGCGAAAGGAUAACGCUUCGGAACGCAACAAAAAGCGAUCCGGUAGUGUCGGUAGUCGCAGCAACUGGAUCCAUAGUUAAACUAUUGUUAUAAACACAGAAUCUUAAAAACUGUGCUUUCAAACGUAGCACAUGUUUAUGCAAUAAAUGAUUGAUAUAGUCUAAUUUCUUGCAAAAUUUAAACUAAGCAUUAUAAAUACCUACUUAUUUCUAAUAAAGUUUUUUUUUUUGUG